GGCGCGAGCUGCUUGUCUUGCUGCUGGUUUGGAGUAGGUCUUGUGCAGCUUGUGUCUGGGGUUCCCAGAACUCGUGUGUGACUCGAGAAGAAGCCUGCAUUGAGGUGACACAGCCCUGCAGGCUGUAUUAACAUCAUGCCUCAAACCCGAUCCCAGGCACAAGCUACAAUCAGUUUUCCAAAGAAAAAGCAAUCUCGGACAUUGAACAAAACGAAAAACUCUAGCAAUACGAAACUACAACCGACAAAUGAACGGGCUAUUCCCUGUUCUCCUUGUAUAAACACAAAAAUUCUGCCUCUUAGCCCCAGAAAACGUCUGGGUGAUGACAAUCUAUGCAACACUCCUCAUCUACCUUCCUGUUCUCCACCAAAGCAAGGCAAGAAAGAGAAUGGUCCUCCGCACUCACUUAACCCUAAAGGACGAAGAUUGAUAUUUGAUGAUCAGCUGCCAGUUAAGUCUCCUGGCAAAACAGAAAAAGCCAGAGUUCACCAAAACAAGAUACUUUCCUCAGCUCAAAAAGAUCAAACAAUCACAACAAAUUCUGAACAGAAAUGUCCACUCGAGAAAGAAUCUGUAUGUGUGAGACUGUUCAAGCAAGAAGGCACUUGCUAUCAGCAAGCAAAGCUUGUCCUAAAUACAGCUGUCCCGGAUCGGCUGCCUGCCAGAGAGAAGGAGAUGGAUGUCAUCAGGCAUUUCCUGAGGGAACACAUCUGUGGAAAAAAAGCUGGAAGUCUUUACCUUUCUGGUGCUCCUGGAACUGGAAAAACUGCCUGCUUAAGCCGAAUUCUUCAAGACUUCAAGAAGGAAGAGAAGGGAUUUAAAACUAUCAUGCUGAAUUGCAUGUCCUUGAGGAAUGCCCAGGCUGUAUUCCCAGCUAUUGCUCAGGAGAUUUAUCAGGAAGAAGUAUCCAGGCCAGCUGGGAAGGACAUAGUGAAGAAAUUGGAAAAAUAUAUGACUUCUGAGAAAGGCCCCAUGAUUGUGUUGGUGUUGGACGAAAUGGAUCAGCUGGACAGCAAAGGGCAGGAUGUUUUAUACACACUGUUUGAAUGGCCCUGGCUAAGCCAUUCUCGAUUGGUGCUAAUUGGUAUUGCUAAUACUCUGGAUCUCACUGACAGAAUUCUGCCAAGGCUUGAAGCUAGAGAAAAAUGUAAGCCACAGCUGUUGAACUUCCCACCUUAUACAAGGAAUCAGAUAGCUGCUAUCUUGCAAGAUCGACUUAAUCAAGUGAGUACCAAAUUCUGUAAAACACCUUCUGAGUCUCUAGUCCCUAAGCGGGUUGGUCUUGCUCACAUAGCCCAAGUCAUUUCCGAAGUGGAUGGGAACAGGAUGACUUUGAGCCGAGCAGGAACUCAAGAGUCCCUGCCUCUUCAGCAGAAGAUUUUGGUUUGCUCUUUGCUGCUCUUGACCAGGCAGCUGAAAAUCAAAGAGGUCACUUUGGGGAAGCUAUAUGAAGCCUAUAGUACUGUCUGUCGGAAACAGCAGUUGGGAGCUGUGGACCAGUCAGAGUGUUUGUCACUUUCAGGACUCUUGGAAUCCAGAGGCAUUGUAGGAUUAAAGAAAAACAAAGAAACUCGCUUCACAAAGGUGUCUUUGAAGAUUGAAGAAAAUGAAAUAGAGCAUGCUCUGAAAGACAAAGCUUUAAUUGGAAAUAUUUUAGCUACUGGAUUAUCUUAAAUUUUUUCCUUACAUCCCACCCGAAACCAUUCAGCUGGCAAUUUUGUAAGCUAUGGAGUCUUCAGUUUAGUACUUUAUAUGUUCAAGCUUCCUGAAAACAAAUAGGACUUUUUUUUAACUUGAAACAAAUGAAUUUUAAUCUAUAAGCUCAUGAAGAUUAUACUGAAUAAUAUCUUUGGGAUUUUUUUUAACCUAUAGAAAUGACUUGAGUUAUUUUUACGUUAUAUUUACAGGCUGGGAAUGUGGCUUAGUGGCAGAGUGCUUGUCUACCAUGCAUGAAGCCCU